AUGUAUGCUAAUACCAAUAUGGCUGCCGAAAGUUAUCGGGAUAUUCAGAAAUCCUUUAUUAGUAAUUUAAAUGGAACUACAGCGUUAGAGAUAUCUGUUGUGACUUCGGUUGCUCCUUUUUCAGUAAUACUAAGAUCUUUAAUAUGGCAAUUACUCGCUGGGAAUCGUCAAAAACUUGAAGGAAUUUUUUCCAUAAGUGGCAUAUUUGUGGUGGAGUUUAUCACUUUGAUUAUACCCAUGUUUCUCAUCUUCACCUUUCUGGCUAAUUACGCAUUUAUCUUCAUCACAAUAUUGGUAUUAUUGACGACCACAGGACUUGUCUUUUUUAAUUCAAAGCAGAACAUGACUGUUCCAGCUCCGAUUCUUAAUACAAAGAAACGAUUUCUCUAUAAUUUCCGGGCAUAUGUGAACAUUGCAACAGCUAUAUCAAUACUUGCUGUUGAUUUUACCAUCUAUCCUCGACGUUUUGCUAAAACGGAAACCUAUGGUACUGGUUUAAUGGAUGUUGGUGUCGGCUCCUUUAUCAUCGCGAAUUCUGUCGUUUGUCAAGACGCAAGAGGAACUGUCACUACUCUGUCUUUUGUGAAAGCUGUCAAAAAAGAACUUCGUGCAGUAUUAGUGUUGCUCGCGCUUGGUCUAGUACGAUUUAUUGCUGUCAAAACUACAGAUUAUCAAGAACAUGUUAGUGAAUAUGGUGUGCACUGGAAUUUCUUUCUAACACUAGCAUGCGUUAGGGUUUUCUCGACCAUAAUUCUUAGGACUUUACCAGAAAGUCUUGGGAAAUACCCAUGGGUUAUUGGGCUUCUCAUAGGUCUUAUUUAUCAGAGUUUUUUGGUGAAUGGUUUGGAGGAAUUUGUUGUCAACGGUAGCAAAGGUGAUGGUUCAAGGUCGAAUUUUAUUGAUGCUAACCGUGAAGGAAUUGCUUCUUCUUUUGGUUAUCUUUCCCUUUAUUUUAUUGGAAUAUCAAUCGGGAGAAUAAUUUUUCACAGAAAAGACAAUUGUUCGAAUUCUUUAGUGAAUCUUUUGUUAUCGUUGAUCUGUGUUUCUCUAUUGUGUUGGUUUAUAUUGUGGUAUUGGGGAAAUAAAACCAACCCUGAACGUAUUAUAUCAAGAAGGCUGGCUAAUUUUCCCUUCGUUUUAUGGCAGGUUGGCUACAAUGUUCUAUUGAUGACCCUCCUCCUUGCGGUUGAUGUCGUGGUGGUUGUUUUUGUUCCCACCCAGGCCUUCCUCAGAUAUUCCGGUGGUUGCUGGUCAUGCUCAGUGCCGUCGACCGCACCACAGGAACAGAGUACGGAAAGUUCGCAACCCGUGCAGAACUGGAGAAUAGAGAAUUUAACUCAGGAUUCAUCUCAUAGAAGACAAUCUCACAAAGGAGGGGAAGAAUCAUCCCAAAACACUGAUGUGAAUUACGCUUAUGAAAAAACAGAAUUACCCGUUACAAAAGCUGGAACUGGUAAAAAUGUCUCUGGUUGUGCAUGUCUUCUCUCUGCCGUUAAUUAUAAUUUAUUAGCGUAUUUUCUUUUAGCAAAUAUCCUCACUGGCAUUGUGAAUUUAUCAUUAGAGACAAUUCAUGCAUCACCAAUCAUUGCGCUUGUUAUUAUGAACAUUUAUCUACUUACAUUGCAUGCAGCGAUAACGGUGUUUUACAAACAUAAUAUUUUAUUAAAACUUUAAUCGUUUUCCGGCUUUAUCCUUCGAAUACUGAAGAAAUAUUAUAUGAAACAGGAUAUUUAAACAUACAAAGCACGAGUUGUGCCUGCUGCAGGUUGCGACGAAUGUAGGUUACACGCCAACUUAACCAUGGGCAUGGUCAGUCGGAAAUUGUGCGAAUAGGUUAGCAUAUAUAUAAACAAAACAACUGGCUUCGAGCGCGUUUAUUGUAGUGUACCCAUAGUACCCCUUUAAGAACCCUUUUCGCAUUAAAAUUUAUCAUUCAAAAAAAACACACCAGUCAAAAAAACGUUUUUCU